AUGGAGAGAAGGUCCUUGAAGGAGAGGAUGGGGGCGCAGCUGAGGAAGGAGCUGAACCUGAGCACAAACACACACAAAAACACAAAAAAAGCAGUCACGGGAUUCACUGACUUUAUACAGAACAAGGAGACGGAGCAGACCAACAGCUACGAUAACGAAGAGAUGUGUGAGUACCAGGUGUGUGCAUGUGCAUGUGUGUCUGUGUCCUUGUGCAUGUAAAUGGUUUAGUGACUGACAGCCCUGUUUAGAUUUUUUUAAAUUUUGUGAUCAAAAACAUCAGAUGUUUUAUUCUGUCAGUGUCAACAUAACUUGAGUAAACACUGAACAUUUUUACAAAAAACACAUUUACUUGAAAUACAGUGUAGAUUCAAAGUUUGGUAACAGAAUGAGUGUUUGUGCUGUUUGUGCCAUCUGCACUGUUCUUCAAGUAAAAUGUGUUUUUGUACAAUUCUAAGUGGAAAUUGUUGUAUGGUUUGUUUAGCUUUGCAAUCAUUGGUUUUUGUUUGACAUGCUUUUUAAAGUGAGAAAUCGGAGUCUCAGCAUCACUCUUUUACCGUGGAAUUGCCUAAGGUCAAAUUUAACAGAAAGAAUAAUAGCCUGAGGCAACAGAGACUUACUUCUGCCCUGUUUGACAGGAUCAUCAAUUGUGUUCUUGUAAUUAUGGUAUCAAAUGUUGAGAAACAUUGGUGAAUAUUAAUUCAAUGCUACAGUGAGGGAAAAAGUAUUUGAUCCCCUGCUGAUUUUGUACGUUUGCCCACUGACAAAGAAAUGAUUAGUCUAUAAUUUUAAUGGUAGGUUUAUUUGAACAGUGAGAGACAGAAUAACAUUUAAAAAAUCCAGAAAAACGCAUGUCAAAAAUGUUAUAAAUUGAUUUGCAUUUUAAUGAGGGAAAUAAGUAUUUGACCCCUCUGCAAAACAUGACUUAGUACUUGGUGGCAAAACCCUUGUUGGCAAUCACAGAGGUCAGACGUUUCUUGUAGUUGGUCACCAGGAGGGAUUUUGUCCCACUCCUCUUUGCAGAUCUUCUCCAAGUCAUUAAGGUUUCGAGGCUGACGUUUGGCAACUUGAACCUUCAGCUCCCUCCACAGAUUUUCUAUGGGAUUAAGGUCUGGAGACUGGCUAGGCCACUCCAGGACCUUAAUGUGCUUCUUCUUGAGCCACUCCUUUGUUGCCUUGGCCGUGUGUUUUGGGUCAUUGUCAUGCUGGAAUACCCAUCCACGACCCAUUUUCAAUGCCCUGGCUGAGGGAAGGAGGUUCUCACCCAAGAUUUGACGGUACAUGGCCCUGUCCAUCGUCCCUUUGAUGCGGUGAAGUUGUCCUGUCCCCUUAGCAGAAAAACACCUCCAAAGCAUAAUGUUUCCAUCUCCAUAUUUGAUGGUGGGGAUGGUGUUCUUGGGGUCAUAGGCAGCAUUCCUCCUCCUCCAAACACGGCGAGUUGAGUUGAUGCCAAAGAGCUCGAUUUUGGUCUCAUCUGACCACAACACUUUCACCCAGUUCUCCUCUGAAUCAUUCAGAUGUUCAUUGGCAAACUUCAGACGGGCAUGUAUAUGUGCUUACUUGAGCAGGGGGACCUUGCGGGCGCUGCAGGAUUUCAGUCCUUCACGGCGUAGUGUGUUACCAAUUGUUUUCUUGGUGACUAUGGUCCCAGCUGCCUUGAAAUCAUUGACAAGAUCCUCCCGUGUAGUUCUGGGCUGAUUCCUCACCGUUCUCAUGAUCAUUGCAACUCCACGAGGUGAGAUCUUGCAUGGAGCCCCAGGCCGAGGGAGAUUGACAGUUCUUUUAUGUUUCUUCCAUUUGCGAAUAAUCGCACCAACUGUUGUCACCUUCUCACCAAGCUGCUUGGCGAUGGUCUUGUAGCCCAUUCCAGCCUUGUGUAGGUCUACAAUCCUGUCCCUGACAUCCUAGGAGAGCUCUUUGGUCUUGGCCAUGGUGGAGAGUUUGGAAUCUGAUUGAUUGAUUGCUUCUGUGGACAGGUGUCUUUUAUACAGGUAACAAGCUGAGAUUAGGAGCACUCCCUUUAAGAGUGUGCUCCUAAUCUCAGCUUGUUACCUGUAUAAAAGACACCUGGGAGCCAGAAAUCUUUCUGAUUUGAGAGGGGGUCAAAUACUUAUUUCCCUCAUUAAAAUGCAAAUCAAUUUAUAACAUUUUUGACAUGCGUUUUUCUUGAUUUUUUUGUUGUUAACAGUGUCUCACUGUUCAAAUAAACCUACCAUUAAAAUUAUAGACUGAUCAUUUCUUUGUCAGUGGGCAAACGUACAAAAUCAGCAGGGGAUCAAAUACUUUUUUCCCUCACUGUAGCAAAUUCUUCCAUAGACCAAAGCAAGCAAUGAAUAUCCUUAUCCUCUCAAUUAUAAUGGCUGUGCAUGGAUUCUGUUGUGAUAAUAUACUGUAGAAAUGAUAAUGCUCUUGACCAAAUCCCUGAUCAUUCCUAUGGUUGAAUCCAUGUUGGAAAACCUUAGGCAUGUUAGGCUUACCCUGAAUCUGUCAUGGGUAAUGGUUUGACUGGAUGUGAACACCCAGUGUGCAAAGAGCUGUGUUUGUAUAGGCCACACACACACCUUAACAAUUCCACCCUCAUACUAGUCAUAAUAACUCAAAUUUCACACACCCAUUUUCUCAGAAGAAAAACAUGAUGUCUUACUUGUUGUGAAGCACCUUGUGUGUCUGUUGUGUGUUUGCAGUGCUGGAGCUAGAGAAGGAUUAUAUUGAAGCAGCGAAGAUAAAUGAUGUACAGACCAUGAAGCUUCUGGGGAGGGCAGUCAAGGUCGACGCAAAGAACUUGGUGAGUCAGUCCUCAUAUCCAUAAGAACAUCUUCUCCACACUGCAGUUAGUGGGACUACAGGAAACGAUCAGAUACUAUUGCUGUUACUUUUUUAUUAGAGCCAUGUAUUCUGUUCUGUGUCACUUGUUAGAAUAACUUGUCCCAUGCGUUGACCCUAGCAUGAUCGCACUGCCCUGCACUAUGCAGUUGCUGGAAAAAACAUAGAGGCCGUCCAAGUCCUCCUUCAGCGCAGAGCAAAUAUCAAUCAAGAGGACAAGGUAGGAAGACACAACACUUUUCCAGUGUUACUGAUGGUGACAUUUAAAGCUUGUCCUCUUCAACAAACACUCAGACGUGGAGAGAAUGGUCAUGGUUUGUCAAAAUUAAACUAUUUCUCUCUCCCCCUGUCUCUUUCAUACAUACUCACACAGCAUGGAGUGACAGCCAUCCACCUGGCUGCCUGGUUUGGGAGUCUGCCCAUCCUGAAGUUGCUUGUGCAGGGUGGUGCUGACCAGAAGGUUGAGAAUGCGGUAGGGAACCUCUGUUUAAAAACAUCUUCCUAUUCACGAAGGCCUUGAAUGUGUCUCAGAAAUCCCUUUCCUCGUCCUGCUGCUCAGACCUAAGCUGUUCUCUGACAUCUCAGCCAUCUGGGAUAUAAAUUACAAUAAUCAACCAUCAAGCCAAUUUCUCCAUAACCAUUGGAGAAUCCAAUAUGUCAAGUUGUCAUGUAUGGAGAUGGUGAGUUGUAUUCUCUCUUCUCAGCUGGGAAUGAACAUCAUGCACUGUGCUGCCAUCAACAACCACACUGACAUAAUGACAUUCAUUAUCUACGACCUGAGGAUGAAAGAGCUGGACAAAGAGGACCUGGUAACUACAUAUACAUACAGUAUCAGUAACCAUUGCAUCCAUUUCAAAUAUUGAUUGGGCUGCCUUAGUUCAAUAAGCUGAGCCUUUUUCUUCCUGUCCUCCCAUCCCCCACCCUUUCUCUCUCAGUCUGGACACAGGGCGUUUGCGUUGGCAGCAGAGCAUGGCUCUGUGGAGAUGCUGCAGAUGUUGAUGGAGGAGGCAUACAAUAUGGCCACCAUGGAGGAAGACCAGGUGUGUCUAUGUAUUACACCGUUAAGAGGCUGUAUGAGUGUUCCACUGUUUCUUCCUCUAUUUCCCCUUCCUGUUCACUGUGUUUCUCUCCCUUCCUCCUGCUUUUCCUCUUCCUCUAAAUGCUAGAAUGGGGACACACCUCUGCACUUGGCUGCCAGCAAUGGCCACUUGGACGUUGUCCAGAUACUGCUGGAGAGCUUUGAUACUCGCGAUGAAGUCAAUACGGUAGAGUCCCACUGUAAACGCUGUCUGGAGCUGUUUGAUUCUGAUGAAGGCCAUUGAAGGCCGAAACUUUCAUAUUUUAACCUUACUUAAAUAAAACAAAUAAUAUUUCAUGGUGAGCGAGUGUUGCGCCUUUUCUUUUUCAAUGGAGCUGUUUGCUCAAUGGCUACACCUUGCAGUAGCUGCUUUAGGUCAAUGGCUGAUAAAUGACUGACGUAUUCAUGGCAGGCUGGGGAGACGGCUCUGUACCUGGCUGCUGGUGCCGCCCAUGAGGACUGUGUACAGGCUCUGUUGGAGGCAGGCUGUGACCCAAACAUUGUCACCAUGGUACGCCUGCAAAGACAAACCACACACUCCAACUAUUCACUAAAAUGGUCACCACCAGGCAUAGUUACUAAAUCACAUCCAGUUUAUUCUACUUCAGUACUUUGCCUACUAAUAGACUCCUAGACAUCUCUAUUCAAUGGGAACCGCUCCUCUCCCCUCUUAGGACCAAAGCAGUGCUCUACACCCUGUCUCAGAGAAGGGCCACACAUCGUUGGUGAGACUCCUCAUAGAGAACUCGGCCCAGGUGGACUUACAAAACCAGGUGAGAGAGUGAGCAUAGUGAACUGGUACUACGUCUUGGUCAACCAUGAAUAAAGCCAACCUGUUAUCUGUGUAAUUACUCAGUAGUCCGUAGUAUGACCUGACAUCAGAGAGUUUCUAUAUAAUGGUCCAUUUUGGUUGUGUCUCUAUUGGCAGCACCUCCAGGCUCCUCUCUACCUGGCAGUGAAGAACUGUCACAUCCCUGUCAUCCACACACUGCUGGAGGCUGGCUGCAACGUCAACGUCACUGAUCACGUAUGUACAACACGUGCACUCAGUCCACUUGUAAAAGAGUGCACUCAGUCCACAUCAAUGUUAUAAUUAAUUAGUUGCGUCCCAAAUGGCACCCUAUUCUCUGCAUAGUGCACUACUUUUCCGAGAGUCCCAGGCCCUGUCAAAAGUAGUGCACUAUGUAGGAAUAGGGUGCCAUUUGGGACAGAGACAUUGUAAUGGUUGAAGUUAUGGGUUUGGUAAUCUGACCAUAGAUCUGUGGUUAAGGGCAACUUAUACCUUGAGCUCCUGUCUGUCCUCCUCAGAGGUCCCAGACUGUCCUGCAUGUAGCCGCAGAGCUGGCCAGAGUGGACAUUGUUGAGAUGCUUCUGAAAGCUGGGAUGGACCUGGCCCUCCAGGACAAGGUGAAACAUGGACACCAAGAACGAUGAUCUAACCAUGAAUUGGCUCAUUUGACCCCUCUCCUCUUCACGACAACUUCCCACUCAACACACAACUGUUUCUGUUUUGAGCAGCAGGGUAAAACAGCACUGGGUGUGGCAGCCCGAGCAGACGAGGUCAUCAUCGUGGACAUGAUCAUCAAGGCAGAGAGAUAUUUGACAUGGAGGAGGGUAAUGUUAACAGAGGACCACAAUGGAAAUAACUAACUUCAUUGUGUGUUUGUUUUUCCUCUAUAGUUGUAGAACGAAUGUAGAACGUGUAGCCUACUGUUAUGUGAGAGACCUCCCUAUAAGUGAUAUAGCUGUACUGUAUGUGUAUGAUCAAAUGCAGUAAAUUCAAUCAAUCAAUGAGACUAAUACGUUGCUGAAGUCAUCUGCUAAUCAAUUUACUGGAGCUGGAAAUCAAUGAUUACAUUCAUCACAGAUUAUUAAUUUCCUAAAGUCACAACUCCAGAUGAAUCCCUGUAAUACCAUUAACGCUGGCGGUGGGAAAAUGAUUUAUGGACCUGAAAUGCUUGACAUCCAAUUUCAGUGUCAAUUUGAUUUAGCGUAUCUUCCAACCCUACCUGACAGUCAAAACAAGUGGCUCUGGCAUUCAAUAAGCAUGGGCCUGCGUGUGCUUAUCUCUGGACACUCACUGCUCUGUGCUCUCAGUUUGUGAAGCUUGUCCUUUCUCAGGUGACUAGAUGUGAUUACCCUUCCAGGCCAACACUGAGCUUAAUGAGAACCUUCACAGCCAGACUCCGCUGACGUUUAAAUUAGACCACCGUGCAGAGAGCAAACAGAUCCGUGGCACGGCCUGGCAUCUGGCCUACCGCCUGCUGAAGCCGGGCGACUGGAAGAGGCUGGCACUGCACUGGCACUUCACUGAGCAGCAGGUGGCUGCCAUCGAGGAGCAGUGGACAGGUGACACACACAACACCUUUUGCUCACACUGUAGCCCAGGGGAUAAUCAUUCACAGGAAUAUCAAUUGAAACUCAAUUUAUUAUCAAUACCAAGUAUAAAGAUAAAAUAUUUCAAUUUCUUCACUCUGCCGUCCGACUCAUCCCAAACCAUCUCAAUUGGGUUGAGGUCGGGGGAUUGUGGAGGCCAGGUCAUCUGAUGCAGCACUCUAUCACUCUCCUUCUUGGUAAAAUAGCCCUUACACAGCCUGGAGGUGUGUUGGGUCAUUGUCCUGUUGAAAAGCAAAUUAUAGUCCCACUAAGCCCAAACCAGAUGUGAUGGCGUAUCGCUGCAGAAUGCUGUGGUAGCCAUGCUGGUUAAGUGUGCCUUGAAUUCUAAAUAAAUCACAGACAGUGUCACCAGCAAAGCACCCCCACACCAUAACACCUCCUCCAUGCUUUACGGUGGGAACUACACAUGCGGAGAUCAUCCGUUCACCCACACCGCGUCUCACGAAGACACGGUGGUUGGAACCAAAAAUUUCCAAUUUGGACUCCAGGCCAAAGGACACAUUUCCACAAGUCUAAUGUCAAUUUCUUGUGUUUCUUGACCCAAGCAGGUCUCUUCUUCUUAUUGGUGUCCUUUAGUAGUGGUUUCUUUGCAGCAAUUCGACCAUGAAGGCCUGAUUCACGCAGUCUCCUCUGAAUAGUUGAUGUUGAGAUGUGUCUGUUACUUGAACUCUGUGAAGCAUUUAUUUGGGCUGCAAUCUGAGUUGCAGUUAACUCUAAUGAACUUAUCCACUGCAGCAGAGGUAACUCUGGGUCUUCCUUUCCUGUGGCGGUCCUCAUGAGAGCCAGUUUCAUCAUAGCGCUUGAUGGUUUUUGCGUCUGCACUUGAAGAAACGUUCAACGUUCUUGAAAUGUUCCGUAUUGACUGACCUUCAUGUCUUAAAGUAAUGAUGGACUGUCGUUUCUCUUUGCUUAUUUGAGCUGUUCUUGCCAUAAUAUGGACUUGGUCUUUUACCAAAUAUGUGUAUUUUCUGUAUACCACCCCUACCUUGUCACAACACAACUGAUUGGCUCAAACGCAUUAAGAAGGAAAGAAAUUCCACAAAUUAACUUUUAACAAGACACACCUGUUAAUUGAAAUCCAUUCCAGGUGACUACCUUAUGAAGCUGGUUGAGAGAAUGUCAUGAGUGAGCAAAGCUGUCAUCAAGGCAAAAGGGUGGCUAUUUGAAGAAUCUCAAAUAUAAAAUAUAUUUAGAUUUGUUUAACACUUUUUUGGUUACUACAUGAUUCCAUGUGUGUUAUUUCAUAGUUUUGAUGUCUUCACUAUUAUUCUAAAAUGUAGAAAAUAGUCAAAAUAAAGAAAAACUCUUGAAUGAGUAGGUAUUCUUAAACCUUUGACCGGUGGUGUAGGUAAAAGAGGGAUUCUGUUUUAUUGAUUCUGUACUCAUUUGCCAUUGUUCCAAAAACAAGCCACUUGGGUGACAUUACCAAGGAAAGCCUUAACUACACUAAAUUAGUAAUUUAAGCCUUAUUUUACCAGGUAAGUGGACUCAGAACAUAUUCUAAUUCAAUGUGUUUGCUCUGUGUGUGUGUGUUUUAGGGCAGCAGAGCUACCAGGAACAUGGGAACAGGAUGCUGUUGAUCUGGCUUCAUGGGGUAGAGUUGGCCCAGAGGAGUCCUGCUAAAGAGCUCUACCAGGGUCUGCUUGCCAUAGGCAACAAGACCGUAGCAGGUAUGGGGUGUCCAUGACCCUUACCGCAUAGGAAAAUAUAACAUUUAUGUUGAAGUCAUAACGGCAAAUUACAGAUGGGUGUUUUGUUGUUUUCCAGAUAAAAUACGACUGGACAUAGAGGAAGGAGACGUGAAGAAAUGCAUCCUUUCAUAAAUGACAUGGACAUGUACGGGCACGCGUUCAGUCAACAACAUAAUUUUCCAAAGCAGAGCAUUUGUGUAGUUAUUUUUCAAUGGAUCUUCAGUAGUACACAUUUCAGUAGUACACAUUUCACUACCGGCCGUGGUGACUCCUUGCUGUCCCCAGUCCGCCUGGCCUUGCUGCUAUUCCAGUUUAAACUGUUCUGCCUGCGGUUAUGGAACCCCUACCUGUCCCAGACCUGCUGUUUUAAACUCUAAUGAUCGGCUAUGAAAAGCCAACUGAGAUUUAUUCCUGAUUAUUAUUUGACCAUGCUUGUCACUUAUGAACAUUUUUGAACAUCUUGGCAUGGUUCUGUUAUAAUCUCCACCCGGCACAGCCAGAAGAGGACUGGCCACCCCUCAUAGCCUGGUUCCUCUCUAGGUUUCUUCCUAGGUUUUGCCUUUCUAGGGAGUUUUUCCUAGCCACCGUGCUUCUACACCUGCAUUACUAGCUGUUUGGGGUUUUAGGCUGGGUUUCUGUACAGCACUUCGAGAUAUUAGCUGAUGUAAGAAGGGCUAUAUAAAAUAAAAUUGAUUGAUUGAUUUAUACAUAGAGAAAUUGUUUAUUAUUCUAUGAGCACAUUUGCCUCCAAUUCAUGUUUUAUUCAGGUUCCAUCAUUCCAGCAAUUUACAUUAAGAGUUUAUAGUGCAGACUGUGGCCAAAACAUAAACAUAUGGCUUUGAUACAGUCCUGAAAACUUGAACACAGGUGUUGUUCUCCACACAUCAUCAACACAAAAUAAUGUAAAAUGUAAUAUCACAUAAAACAGUCAGACUUUCCAUAAUUUAAAAACAAAUAAAA